UGAAAUGUUCUCUCACAAGACAACGGUCACGUCUCUUUCCACUCUCUUGGCUUGAUUUUACAUUCGGCGAGAUUCUCGCGCACAAGGGAAUUGAAGGGUAAAUGAUUCGACACCCCUAAAACCUGGACUUGGCAAUUAAGUCCAUUUCGUCUUCAGCCUUCUGUAUCUGAACGCGUAACGUAUGCUGUGGGAUGCACCAGGUUGUGAUGCGGGCUUGGUUGUUUUUGCCGCCCUCGUCACAUCUGCACUCCGCUGUGAAUCCCUGUCACCGUGCAACUUUCCAUCCAAUUGGGCAAGAAAUACCCCGCAUGAUACGGAUCCCCUUGGAUUCAAGGGAAAUUGGGGGAAACUGGGGGGAAAACAGCGUAUUAUGAAGACAUUCCUAUAAAGCCAGGCACCUGAAUAGCUAUGCUUAACUGCAAGCACAGCAUUAUCUGUUUCUAUUUCCGUUCGACUGUAUCAAUAUUAUCAAGUCAUGGAGAACGAAAGAAAGAAACAUUUUGCCUCAAUUAAGAGGAACAAUUCAGGCGAUGAUUCCUACACCUGCUAUUAUCCUGUUCUGAUUGUGGGUGCUGGUCCAGCUGGUAUUGCAUUGGGAUGCAGAUUGAAGCAGAAGCUGGGCUUCGACCAGUUCGCCAUCUUUGAACGGCAUUCAAACCUCGGUGGAACUUGGUGGAUCAAUCGGUAUCCCGGCGUUGCUUGUGAUGUAGCUUCCGUCUUUUACUCUUUCUCUUUCUCUCCAUUUAGUCGCUGGACUAAGUUUCAUGCUCCUGGUGCAGAGAUUACUAAAUAUCUGAAUCUUGUGUGCGAGAGAUUUCAAAUAGUUGACAAGAUCCAAUGCGAUACCUUGGUAUCAGAAGCGCGCUGGCUCAAUGAAGAAGAAGUGUGGGAGGUCACUCUCAUUCACCUCGUUCCUGGGACCGGAGACCUCAGUGAGGAGGAUCGCGAGUUGAGAAUCCUGAUGGAGGGAGAGAACAGCGUUUAUCUUCGGAAGGAAGUUGUUCGCGCAAAGAUAUUUGCUAGUGCAGUAGGCAGUUUUGCUGAGCCGCAAAGCUGGCCGAGAAACAUUCCAGGAAGGGAGAAAUUCCAGGGGCCUAUCUUUCACGCUGCCAGGUGGAACCACACUGUCGACCUUGCUGAUAAAGAUGUUGUCGUUGUUGGAACUGGAUGCUCAUCGAUCCAGAUUGUGCCGUCGCUGCUCUUGUCUCCGCACAACGUCCGAUCAAUCACUCAACUCAUGCGUACUCCUCCCUGGGUAUUACCUGCAUUUGGAGAACCUCCCUUCGGAGAGGAAAAAUGGAACAAGUAUAGUUCGACGUUACUCAGCUACUUGCCUGGUUUUGGUCUUUUGAUGAGAUUAAUUAUCUUUUUGGACGGAGAACAUGAUUUUCGAUUGUUCGGAGGCGAGGAGUAUCAUCAAAUUGAGAGAACAAAGUACGAGCAGAAUCUUACGCGCUAUAUGAAGACGGUUGCUCCAAAAAAGUAUCAUGAAGCAUUGAUACCAGACUAUGGAGUUGGCUGCAAACGCAGAGUCGGAGGGGGGAUGUGGUUGAAAAGCCUCAAUGACCCUCGGGUUACUCUAACGACUGCACCUCUUUUAUGUGUUGAAGAAAAGAGCGUUACCCUAGGCUCAGCGUGCAAGUCCCCAGAGAAGGGCAAUUCUGCCGGCUCGGAAACCACCAGUGUACCUGCCGACGCCAUUAUUCUUGCUAAUGGAUACAAGACCACCGAGUGGCUUCAUAGCUUGAAAGUCCGUGGGAAGGAUGGCAAAUACUUGGAAGAAGUCUGGAACGAGAGGGGCGGGCCUCAAGCUUAUCUUGGCACUGCUAUGGACGGUUUCCCCAACUUUUUCAUCAUUUUCGGGCCCAAUACAGUAACCGGGCAUAGCUCAGUUAUCCUUGCCAUUGAAAACAUGGUAAACUACAGCCUCAAAUUCAUGAAGCCCAUCUUGAAUGGAGAUGUGGCAACUGUGGAAUUGAAGAAAGAAGCAGAGGUGGCCUGGGCUGAAGAGAUCCAAGGGGCUUUGCGCCAGACAGUGUUUUCCAAGGGUGGCUGCACAAGUUGGUAUAAGACCGAUACCGAGUGGAACGCUGCUGCUUAUCCAUAUUCCCAGGUUGAUUUUUGGUGGAGAUGCACAUUCCCGAAAUGGCGGGAUUGGAACAUGCAAUAUACUCGUAAAGGUCUAAUCAAGCGUCGACUGGGACAGACACUCAAGCUGUGUGUAAUCUUCGCUGCAAUUGCUGCCGCUACCAGCUGGUGGCAAGCGGGAAUAAGAGCACAGCAGGCCUAUGAGAUUGGUUGUGCGUGGGUAUCUGAUACUUGUCGGAGUCUGUUUGACUGGAUAAAAAGCCGUUUUUAAGGAUUCUACAUUGCGACAAUGAUUUCAGUCAAGCAAUAUUCGUUGCAAGCGAGUCUCAUGAUAUAUAGACGACAUCAUCUCAGGAUAUAAUUGACAGUAGGCAGAGGAAUUAAUGAAUGGUGUAAGAGUAUCAAUGGCGCCAUCUUUUGUGAUAAAUAUGCUCUGAGAUAGGCUGCUAUCUGAAUUAUCUGGAGGUCAGAUAAGGCACAUGGCAAGUCUAUCAAGGGAACAUUCUGCUGGCGGGCGAGGGCGGGGCACUGGCGAUAAGAGGGGGGCGUAUUCUGGUAAGCGGUGGAGUUUGUCAUCGAAGCGGGGUGGG